AUGUCACAAACUGGAAGAGAAGUAUCUUACUUAGGGUGUAUAAUAAAUUCUGGAAAACUAGAAUUUGCUUGGUCAGUAAUCACACCAUCUAGCCGGGAUUGGAUCGGAUUGUACGAAGACGAUUGCAAAGAAAAUAGAGAAUGGUUUGAUGGACACUGGUUCUAUAUAAGUAAUCAUAGUAGCCAUUCAUCUCUUCCUGGUGGUCGACAUAAUAACACUUAUUCAUAUGCUAAUGUACGUAAUCCUACGUUUAAUUACAAUUACUUUGAAAUGAAUCGGGUUAAAUAUCUACGUGAGGGGUUGCAACGUAUAUUUGCUAGACACAAGAAAGAUUGGGGAUUUGCCGAAAACGAUAAUUGGAAUAACCAAAAUGGAGAGAAACUUCAGGGGAUUCUUCAAGAGUUUAUUAGAAAAAAUAUAAACUACAUUUAUCGCGAAAGUUAUAAGGAUGAUAAUGCGUAUCUUAAUAUUGUGCUUAUUGUAUAUGAAGACGUUCUCAAUGAAAUUGCCAACUCUGAAAAGCCAGAAGACUCUUAUGAAAUUGACUAUGAAAAGAUAAAGAAAAAGGCAGAACCUAUUUUGGUGACACUUGAAAAAUUAGCAGUUUGA